UCUCCGUCCCUCGGGCUCUGCAAUUCUGCUUCCCCUUUGUGAGUCGGUCGAGUCUGAUACGGUGCGUUUUGCUUAGGGCAACGAAUCCCACCAUGUCGGACGAGGAACACCACUUUGAGUCCAAGGCCGAUGCCGGAGCCUCCAAGACUUAUCCUCAACAAGCCGGCACCAUCCGUAAGAACGGCUACAUCGUCAUCAAGAACCGCCCUUGCAAGGUUGUUGAAGUGUCGACCUCCAAGACCGGUAAGCACGGUCAUGCUAAGUGCCACUUUGUUGCAAUUGAUAUCUUCACUGCUAAGAAGCUUGAAGAUAUUGUGCCCUCUUCCCACAACUGUGAUGUUCCCCAUGUGAAUCGUACUGAUUAUCAACUAAUUGAUAUUUCUGAGGAUGGAUUUGUGAGUCUGCUUACCGAAAAUGGAAAUACCAAGGAUGACUUGAGGCUUCCUACCGAUGAAAAUCUGCUUAAUCAGAUAAAGGAAGGAUUUGCUGAGGGAAAGGACCUUGUUGUUUCUGUCAUGUCGGCUAUGGGGGAGGAGCAGAUUUGCGCCUUAAAGGAUAUUGGGCCAAAGUAGUUGCUUCCAUUGUAUGCUGGUCGUUUGUUAUCAUUUAUUUAAUCUCAGAUAUUUUUGUAAGCUUUUUUAGUCUUCUCGGCGGAUGGUUUCUGAUGGUUUUAUGAAUGUGUUCAGAUAAACUAUGGGUCACUUUUUAUGGUUUGUCCAGAAAUUUUCAUGAGAAAUAGGAGCCCAUUAUUUAACUUUCCAAUUCAUGAGAGAGCAGUAAGAUUUUGAUAAAA